UUUCUCAGGUCUCAGGGUCCAUCUCCAGUCAUCCUGAUCUGUGUCUCCCCACUGAACCCACAUGGCUCUCCAGGAGAGAGUGAGGCUGGUGAUUUUGUACAGCCCUACCUCACUUAAAUCUAAUGAACUUGCAAGUCAAGACAUCAUCUUCCUGAUGUAAUUAAUCUCUUCAAGCCAAAGAAUGAACAAGAAUCUGUGAAGAGGAGUAGCUGCCCAGGUCCAGUUAGGCAAUGCUCCCUCUUUCUUUCCUUCCUUCCUUCCUCAAUUUUUCUUCCUCCCUUACUCCCUUUCUCCCUUCCUCCCCAUGGGGAAUCAUACACUUGCAUUUGGGUGCUCUGACCAAAGGAAUAUAAAUUGCUUGAGACUGAGUUCUAGAAAAUGAGGUUUUGAUAAAACCCAUUCAGAUUCAAAUGGAGCUACUUCACUAUGACUUAUACACAAACCAUUAUGGUUCUCACUGAUUUGUCAAUAAUAAGUCCCUGCCCAAAACUUUCUGAGUCACCGUUUAGGUUUCCAUGUCCCAGAGUAAUUGUAAAUGGCAAUUGUUCCUCUAUAGAACAGAAAGCCUGAGGGUCUUUACCCCCCAAAUUGUUUUGUGACUUUAUCUGCCCAUAUCACCAGGCUGGAAAUACUAUGGGUGCUCAUAGGCUGGAUUCCACUGCUGAUUGGCAUGGAAACUGUCUGACUGGAGGAAAGGAGAUGAUGGACUUUAAUAGGAAAAAGGCACCUGAAUAACCAUACUGUUGCUCUUGGCCUCAGUUUCCCCAUCUACAAAAUGAAAGGUUGAAGCCACCAAACUUUUUUUUUCUUUUUAGUUUUUGAAAGAUAUAACAGAAAUACAGAAGAGAAGAAUAAACUUCUCUCCCCAACAACUCAGGGGACACAUUCUCCCUAUACCACCUAGUAGACCAUAGAAUCUCCAAAGUCCCCUCCAUCUCCAUUUCAUCUAAGCCUGUGUCCUUAGCUAAGAGUCCCUAAAUAUUGUUGGUUCCUUGGUCUUAGUUUUCUUUCUAACUCAGCUCCUUCCUUUGUUUCUUAAUUUUCUUCUUUGCAUAGGCACUGAUCAACUCUUGGUCUCUAGACUCAGAGCCAUCUGAUCUCUCCUGGGAAGAGAGCCCCUCACCCCUUUCCUUACCACCCUUCUUACCAUUUGUAACCACAAUUGGCCACCUGUCACAGCCACCACCAUGUCCAGUCUAAGACAGGUGCAUUUAAUAGAGCCAUAAAUACAGAGGCCACAUGAGGUCAUGCCUUCAAGGAAAUACAAUUGGGCCACUCCCUCCAUGUGCAUAUAACCACUCCUGGGGUCCUUCAGUUCAGGCAGGACCAGCACUGUUUUGCCUGGUGAUAUCCAGGGCACCUUCUCAAACCCAGUCUGAGAUAAAAAUAUCUCCCAUCAGCCUCCCUAUAAACUCAGAGCUCUCUGCCUCCACCUCUGCAAGGGUCACAAUGCUCUCCCAGUCCUUGCUCCUCUGGCUGCUACUGCUCUGGCCUCAAGAAUCCCAGGCAGCCAUUGUAUUGAUCCAGUCCCCAGCCUCCCUGUCUGUGGCUCCAGGGGACAGAGUCACCAUCAGCUGCAAGGCCAUUUCCAGCGUUAGCAAGUGGAUGCCCUGGAUCCAAAAGAAACCAGGACAGGCCCCCAAGCUCCUGAUCUAUGAUGCUUCCUCCCUGGAAUCUGGAGUCCCUGCCAGGUUCAGUGGCAGUGGUUCUGGGACAGAUUUCACCUUCACCAUCAGUGCACUUCAGGCUGAGGAUGUGGCAGAUUAUUACUGUUCUCAGUAUUAUAAUGCUCCAUUCCCACAGUGUUUCAGCCCUGAACAAAAAACCUCUUCAGGCUGCUCAGCCCUUCAGCACAGGGGAGCAGCUGCUUCCCCAGAGUCACAGGCUUGCCCCAACCACUGGCCUCAGGGGAGAAUUGGGCCCAAUUUUGCCCUGCUGCAGGAGCCAUUUGUCCCAGGGACCCUGGUCCAGGUAGAAAGAUUAAGAAGAGAGAGAAAAAGGUGGAAGACAAAGAAUCUUCUGACUGGGAUGCUUUAGCCAAAGACCACAAACCUUUCCAGGGGGCUGCUUCCAGGAGCUGGUCUCAUUCUUACUCUGCCCUCCUAGGUGAAAACAAUGUGAUGGCCACGGAUCGAGUGGGAGAGAGAUCUUUCCCAGGUCUGUUUUGCAUUUCUCUUUCUCAGGUCUCAGAGGCCACCUCCAGUCAAUCUGAUCAAUAUCUUGCUACUGGACUCAGAUGCCUCUGGAGGAGAAAGUGAGGCUAGUGACUUUGCACAGCCAGGCC